AUGAGUUUCCGUGUUUUGGAUCUCGUCAAGCCGUUCGAGCCCCUCGUUCCAGAGGUGAUUGCUCCAGAGAGAAAAGUCUCCUUCAACCAGCGAGUCAUGUGGACUGGUGUCACCUUGUUGAUCUUCCUCGUCAUGAGCGAAAUCCCCCUCUAUGGUAUCAACUCCUCCGACGGUCUGGACCCGUUGAUCUGGCUCAGAAUGAUGCUUGCGUCUAACCGUGGUACCUUGAUGGAGUUGGGUGUCACGCCAAUUGUCACUGCUUCCAUGGUGUUCCAGUUGUUGCAGGGAACGAAAAUGAUCCAGGUGGACAUGAACAACAAGCAGGACAGAGAGCAGUUCCAGAAUGCUCAGAAGCUUUUGGCCAUCAUGUUGGCUGUUGGUCAGGCCACUGUGUAUGUUUUGACCGGUAUGUACGGUCCUCCUAAGAUGUUGGGCUUGGGAAUCAUUUUGUUGUUGGUUUUGCAGUUGGUUUUCGCCGGUAUCAUUGUGAUUUUGUUGGACGAGUUGUUGCAGAAGGGCUACGGUCUUGGUUCUGGUAUCUCCUUGUUCACUGCCACCAACGUCUGUGAGAAGAUCAUGUGGAAGGCUUUUGCUCCAACCACUUCUUCCGCUGGUAAGGGUGCUGAAUUUGAUGGUGCUGUCAUUGCCUUGUUCCACCUCUUGGGUUCCAGAUCUGACAAGAAGAGAGCUAUUUUGGAGGCUUUCUACAGACAGAACUUGCCUAACAUGCUCCAGGUCUUGGCUACCGUCUUCAUGUUCUUGUCUGUCGUCUACUUGCAAGGCUUCAGAGUCGAGUUGCCAAUCAAGAGCACCAGACAGAGAGGCCCAUACGCCUUGUACCCAAUCAGAUUGUUCUACACCUCUAACAUGCCUAUCAUGUUGCAGUCUGCUUUGUCUUCUAACAUCUUCAUUGCUUCUCAGAUCGUUUUCAUGAGAUGGCCAGACAACACUUUCGUCAAGCUCUUGGGUCAGUGGGGCCAGAAGGGUGGUUCUUCUCAGUUGUACGCCGUUAGCGGUUUGGCUUACUACAUCCAGCCACCUCUUUCGGUUACUGAGGCCAUGUUGGACCCAAUCAAGACGGCCAUCUACAUCACCUACGUCUUGGGUGCCUGUGCCAUCUUCUCCACCACCUGGAUUGAGAUCUCUGGUACUGCUCCAAGAAACAUCGCCAAGCAGUUCAAGGACCAGGGCUUGGUCAUUGCUGGCCACAGAGACACCAGUGCUUACAGAGAAUUGAAGAAGAUCAUUCCAACUGCUGCUGCUUUCGGUGGUGCUGCCAUUGGUGCUUUGUCCGUUGCAAGUGACUUGCUUGGUUGUUUGGAGAGUGGUACGUCCAUCUUGAUGAGUGUGACUACCAUCUACGGCUACUAUGAAUUGGCCGUGAAGGAGGGUGGCUUCUCGAAGUCUGUUGUCAGCGGCUUCUCUGAUGGUAUUUAA